UGGGUCUGCAGGCUAAGGGAGAAGAUGGCGGCGCUCGGGGAACCUGUGCGGCUGGAGAGGGAUAUUUGUAGAGCAAUUGAAUUGUUGGAAAAACUACAAAGGAGUGGAGAGGUACCACCACAGAAACUUCAGGCUUUACAAAGAGUCCUUCAAAGUGAGUUCUGCAAUGCUGUGAGAGAGGUAUAUGAACAUGUCUAUGAGACUGUGGACAUCAGUAGCAGUCCUGAAGUGAGAGCUAAUGCAACUGCAAAGGCUACUGUUGCUGCAUUUGCUGCUAGCGAAGGACAUUCUCAUCCUCGAGUUGUUGAGCUACCAAAAACAGAAGAGGGCCUUGGAUUCAAUAUUAUGGGAGGCAAAGAACAAAACUCUCCCAUUUAUAUAUCUCGAAUAAUUCCAGGUGGAAUUGCUGAUAGACAUGGGGGUCUGAAACGAGGAGAUCAACUCCUUUCUGUUAAUGGAGUGAGCGUUGAAGGAGAACAUCACGAAAAAGCUGUGGAACUGCUGAAAGCCGCUCAAGGAAAGGUUAAAUUAGUAGUACGAUAUACACCCAAAGUCUUAGAAGAAAUGGAGUCACGCUUUGAAAAAAUGAGAUCAGCAAAACGCAGACAACAGACCUAACACAGUUCAAAACUUUAUAUUCCAUUUUGCUUUUUAGGUAGAGAAGUUUUACUUGUGACCUACUGAUGGCUACAAUGCCAAUGAUUGUAAAAAAAAAAAAAAAAAAAAAAAAAAAACCAACAAAAAACAAAAAAACCCAGAAAUUUCCCGUGAAAUCCUCCUUGCCAUUUUAUAAAUGCCUAUUUUAACAUCAUUUAUGGUUCCAGAGAUGCAUGCCCUUUUUUCUGACAAGAAAAAGUAAAAGGUGAUAAGGGCAAUUCUGUCCUGCUGUUUUUACAGGCCUUUUUCAAACGCAGAUUUUGUCAUAAAGUUGUUACAGAUUUUUUAAAAUGCUUUUUAAAUAUUAAAAUGUACUUUUACAUUCUUAAUCUUUUUUCAGAAGAAAAAAUUUUCUUCAUUUGGCUGCUUAUUUAAAAGUAACAGUUCUCUAAUUCUUUUUGUUUUUGUUUCUUUUUUUAACCUGUGAAAUUUCUUUACAGUUUUCCAAGAAAUUAAACAUGGCAGUCUCGCUUACAGCAGUUCAUUACAUUGUCACUGUUAACAUCACUGCUACAUUUUGUACUUUGAACACACACUUAAUAUAUAGAAUCAAUGGUAAAUCAUAACUCAGCACCGUGGGAAUUUUUUACUUUUCUUUAAACAUAAUGUACAACUGAUAUUCAUUUAUACUGAUUUAUAAAAGUUUUUAAACACUGAAACAAUCAUUGCUAAAAUAUGUAUUCUUUCAUAAUAUUUACACAGUGAGGCAAAAUGAUGUAAUUUGAUUGUUAGCAUUACUGAUUGCAUCUCUUUAUAUUCAACAAUAUACCAUAAAUUAUAAAUGCAAAACAGGUUCAGAUUUCGUCUUUUGCGAAUUUUUUUUAAUGCUAUUCAUUUUUAUUUAAAUAUAUUUCUCAUGUUUUGGUCCAUUCCUAGUGAUGAGCCAGUUAGUCUGUAGUAGGAAAUAGCAGAAGCAAAGAUGAAAAAUAAUACUUUUAACCUCACUAGCCUCAAGAAUUAUACAUUCUUACUAGCUCAAUUUGAAGAAUUAAUUUUAAGUAGGAAGAAGAGAGGAUAUAUUUAAAUACAUAGAAAUUAUAAGGUUAUGUAUUCAUAAGAAUACAGACUGCCAAAUGAGUGGGAAUUUAUGUAUAUUAAAAUAGCUGGACUUAGAGAAGCAAUCUUUACAGUUCAAAUAUGAUGGGAAUUUUGAGAGAUACUUUACGUCAUUUGUCCACUGGAUGUCACUGUUUUACUAAAAGGCAGCUAUUAGUGUAUGACUGUCACUGAGGCCUUACAGGCUGAAAUUAGAGAGUUGAAGUUCAUUUUCAGUCACGAAUUAUAAGAACAUUUGUUCUUUUUAAAAAAUGUUAAGUGACAGAUGCUAGCAAGAUAAUGUGUUUGAGUAUGUAAGGAAUUUGGCAUAAUUAUUGACCCUGCAUUAAAAAAAAGUGGGCAUUUUAUAACAUUCCUUCAGGAAGGAUAGAAAUGUAUAUCUUUUUCUGCAUGUUUGUGAGCACUGUGGGUCUUACAAGUUUAUUCCAGUUUUCAAUGAUUUUUCAGAAUAAAAAUCAAUCAGCAUUGUUAUUUAUCAUUUAGGUAUUGAACACUGGAUUGCAUGGUUGAAUGUAUCUUCAGUCCACUACAAAAUGUGCUUGUUAUUGAUAGGAUCAUGUUGUUAAAUUGUAUAAUUUCAAAAUUAAUUGAUGUGUUUAAAGUGUUGAGACCAAAGUAGUAUAGAAAUAUGGACUUAAUUUAAUUGUAAAAUUAUUAGAGGUAUUUGUUGUAGAGCUUUAUGUAUUAAAAAGAGGUAUUGGUGCAUAUAAAAACAGUAAUGUUGUUAUGCUUGUAUUGCAUUACAGGGUAAGUAAACCCUGAAGAAAUCUUAUUUUAGUACAGCUAUAGCUGCAGUAGCUUUUAAGGAUGUAUCAACAUUUCGUUAUGAAUUAUAGCUUCCUGAUUUGGUGUCUCAGCUUUUUCAGAACUUUCAGCCAAGUUAAAUCUUUUUUGGUAUUGACACUUGGUAAGUUGAGUAAGCUAUUUUUUUUCCUUCUACAGUAAUCUACAAUCCGUUCUUUGUGUGGGUUGGCACCUAUUUAUAAUUCUUAGAAAUGAUAGCUUACAGGAGCCAAAUACAGUAGUCUUGUUUGCUACUGUUGAGCAUUAGUAGCAGCAGUUUGUUUUCAUUAAUGAUGUUUUAUAGUAUUCCUAGAAUUUUAAAUUUUGACCAUAAAAAAUUGAAUCAUUCGGUGGCAAAGAUGUACAGUAGUGGUCUAGUAUAGUGAGGAAAUGAAGGGAAUUUUUGUCUUAUAAAUGGAUGAUUUAUAAAUAAAACUAGGCACAUGGUAAGUAUAUCGGUGUUUCAUUUGUAAAUUAUGAAUGUAAAUUAUCUCCCCUCCCCGAUUUCCAUUUAUUUUCUGGGUAUUUCAAAAUGGUUGAGUCAGUGGUUCUCAGCCUUAACUGCAUAAUAGAACGCAAUGUAGAGCUUUAAAAAAUAUUAAUACCUGGGUCCUAUCCUGUAACAACUAAAUCAGAAUCACUCUUCUUUUUUUUUUUUAAAAAGCUUUCCAGGUGGUUCUAAUGGACACCCAGGAUUGAGAACCUUUAUAAAAUCAUCUAAUUACACUAGACUCUGUUUGGGAGUAUCAGAAUAAUUCAGUUUCCAGCUACUUAAUGAUUGGUUUUAUUUCCUAGUAAUUUCUUUAGGAAUAAAAGGUACUUUGCAUUUUUUAUUUGGGAAGUAAUUACAGACUUUUUUUUUUUUUUUUUUUUUUUAAACUCUACCAGUAGCUUAAAGGUAAACUUUUAACGUCUGUCAUCUUUCUGCCCCCUUUGCCUUCGAAACUUACAAAAUUAAGUGUCUGUUAUUUGAGAAAGCAUGUUUAAAAAUUGCAAAUGAGAAAUAUUGUCACUGAUAAUUAUGUGCUGUUUUAAUAUGGCCACUAUAUUAUUAGUGUAGUACUAGGUAGAUUAUAGCAGCCUAGUUCUUUAGAGUUUGAUGAUUUAAAUGCAUUUUUUUUUUUUUGGUUGUUUUUAAAUUCUCCUCUUCUAAAUUUUUUAAGUUUGUUUUGCUCAAGUACUUAAGUGGUUUGGCUCAAGUGAUUUGUUUACAGUUAAAAUGGAUAUUAUCACAUUUAAAAGAAAUGAUUAUGGCACAUCUGAAAAGAAUGUCAGCAUGACUUGGUAUAGACUUAAAAGAAUACGUGUUAUGAAUAUUUUAUAAUGUGGAAUGAUCGUUGAAAUAUCAAGGAUUCUAGUAAUUGUAUUUCUUGAAUAAAUGUAUGUUUAUGAAUUUUCUAACUUAGAUUUUGUUGUCUCCCCUGCCAACAGUCUGGUUUUAUAGUUUUUAUUGUCCAAAAUUCACUAGAAAUUUUUCUUCAAAGGUUGUUGUAGUAAUGGUUAAAUACUAGGGGGAAAAUUUCUUGCUUAUUCAUUAAUUUUUAAGAACUUUCAAACUGAUUUGUACCUGGACAUGGUUUUUAAAAAUAUUGGCAAAUGAUAUGCUUCUCUACUUUUUUAGUUUGAGAUAUAAUAUCCAAAAUGGAUGUAAAAUAACACUUUUUCAAUAGAUGACCUUUGUUUAUCAAUCUAAUUCUGCUUCUAAGGCUUAUUUAAAAUAAAUGUGAGUUAAGUCCUUGUUCUUAGGAUUUAAAAAAAUUGAUGUGGUUACACUAUAGAUGUGUCUCUGAAAGCUACGUAUAAGAUAACUUUUACAUAAGGUGAAAGCAUAAUCACUGGUGUUUGCUGAAAUGAAACUUCAAAUUUUUCUAUAUUUUGCUUUGUCUUUCAUAAAAUAUGACUAAAGAAAAAAUUCUCUGUGUUAUUUCAAGAAUGGCAGUAUGGCAUGUUAUUGAGAACACUACUCUGGUUUGAAUCUCAGUUCCAAAAUUACUGUGUAACCUUAGACAAGUUACUUCUCUGCCUUAGUUCCCUCGUCUGUCAUCUGUAAUAAGAGUUCCUAUAAAUGUUGUGCCAUUAUCUGUAAAGCCCUUAGAAAGUUGCCUGGCAUAGUAAGUACUAUGUAAAAUAACUUCGAGACCGUAUUAGAUAAAAGAAAUAAUUGUGGUGAAAUAAUUAAAAUUAACAGGUUCUUAUUUUUGAUGCCUAGAUAGCAGAU